AUGACUGCGUGGCAAGCAACAACAGAACAACAACAACAACAACAACAGCAAUUGCAACAGCAACCAGCAUGCAACAACAGCAACACAGGAAACAACUUGGUUGCCGCACAGUUGCCGUCGCGUCAUUCCCAUUUGCAUUUAAUUGUUGUGAUUAUCUUGGCUUGCUGCACACGCUGGCUGUAUGGCUUGCCAGACGGACGCGCCACAUGCCGCUCUGUGCCUGGUCUGACCAAGGAUCAGGUGGAGCUAUGCUACAAGGCAAGUGAUGUAACAGCUGCUGCUCUGGAGGGCCUGGAUAUGGCCAUACGUGAAUGUCAGAUACAGUUUCAGUGGCAUCGUUGGAACUGCUCGUCGCUGAGCACGAAGAGUCGGAAUCCGCAUGCAUCCAAUCUGCUAACGAAAGGCUAUCGGGAAAGCGCUUUUGCCUUUGCAAUUUCAGCGGCCGGGGUGGCCCACAGUGUGGCGCGCGCCUGCAGUCAAGGCCGUUUGAUGUCCUGCGGCUGUGAUCCGACCAUCAAUCGCAAGACACUCAACAAGAAUCUGCGCCAGUCGCUCGACAAGGAGAAGAAACAAUUUCUUCAGUAUCUCGAAACGAAUCAAAUCCUAACGCCCGAGGAGGAAAAGAAAUAUGAACGCUCCAAAAUCGCCAGUCGCUGGAAAUGGGGCGGAUGCUCCCACAACAUGGACUUUGGCGUGGAAUACUCCAAGUUGUUUCUCGAUUGCCGUGAAAAGGCUGGCGACAUACAAUCCAAAAUUAAUCUGCACAACAACCAAGCUGGUCGAAUGGCCGUGUCGAACAAUAUGGAGUUUCGUUGUAAGUGCCACGGUAUGUCUGGCAGUUGCCAGCUGAAGACCUGCUGGAAAUCAGCGCCCGAUUUUCACAUUGUGGGCAAAGUGCUGAAGCAUCAAUUUCGCAAGGCCAUUCUAGUGGAUCAGUCCAAUCUGGGCAACGGUGAGCCGGUCGUGGUGCUGAAGCGAUCACGCAAUAAGAAAUCAAAUGGAGGCAAUGGCAACGGUGGCUCUUCCGAUAUCGCAGCCACCGAUGUGUCUGGAACAAUGUCGGGUGGUGACAACCACCGUGAUCUGGACACCGAUCGAGGCACACGCCAACCCAAUUCAGAUAAGAAUGCGGCCCGCAUGGCCCGCAAGCUGGAGACGUCGCUCUUCUAUUAUCAGCGCUCGCCGAACUUUUGCGAACGUGAUCUGAGUGCAGAUAUACAGGGUACAGUGGGUCGCAGAUGUAAUCGGAACACGACAACUAGCGAUGGCUGCACCUCCCUGUGCUGUGGGCGUGGCUACAGCCAAGUCAAGGAACGACGCGCCGAACGCUGUCGCUGUAAAUUUCAAUGGUGCUGUAGUGUCGAGUGCGAGGAAUGCCAUGUGGAGGAAUGGAUAAGCGUGUGCAAUUGAGAAACGGAUUAGUGGACGCUAUGAGAACUGAUAAAAGACUUCUCUUCAAUUAGCGACAGCAGCUAAAA